CUGACAUGCUGAAAAGGUUGGAUGAAGGACCAACUUUAGGCACCACUAGCAUGGUUGUUCUCUCUCUCUUUUUUUCUUUCUUUUUCUUUUUUUCUCUUGCUCCUCUCCCACCUGCAACCCGUUAGCCAAUCAGCCCAGGUAGUUUGUUCCAGCUUUUGCUCUCCCAGUAUUUAUACACCUCUUCUCUCUCUUCUCACUUGUUCCUCUUGUUAUUUUCCUAUUUCUUCCCUGCUGCAUUUUCAAUUGGAUUUUCAGUUUUUGUUCUCCUCUGCCUCCCUGUGAUCGGAUCUUUUUUGUAUGCUUUUUUUCCGCUCCUUUUUUCUUUAAAUCUAGCAUUCAUUCGACACCUCUGCCUCACUGCAUUUUGAUCCACCGUCACCGCAUGACAAAAAUCAAGUCGUCAGUAAAUAAGAAGAAGAAGAAGAAGAAGAAGAGGUGUUGGAGCGAUCGGAGCCCACCUCUCCUCCUCUCUCCUCCUCCCGCUGCCAUUGGUCGGAGCGCAGCGGGCUCCGGUGCCGAUGAUGCUUUGAAAGGGGGGAGUAAACAGAAAGCUCACGUCUCUCCCGCUGCGCGCACACUGCACGCACGGCGAAAGUGGAGUGAAAAUGCUUGUCCCCCCUCGACCGGCAGCCCAGCCCGCCAGCCGUCCACUUGUCCCCCUGAUUGUUUUUCUGCUGCCAGCCCGUCACACUGCCUCUGUGCCCGCUUUACGUGAGGAAUCCGGAGCGGCAGGAGGAGGAGGCGAAGGGAGACGCGAGGGAUCCGGAGAGCCGUCACCUCUAUAGCGCAUCAGUGGGAAGGUAUGGAUGCGCGGACAAAAGGACGCUUUCUCUUCGCCGUGGGCCUCCUGUGUGGGUUUUACUGGCCGGCAUCAGUCACCUCCAAAGGCGCCCCGGCCGGCCAGGCCGACACGCUGCCCUCGGCGCAGGGCACGCUGCCACACUUCAUCCAGGAGCCAGAGGACGCCUACAUCGUGAAAAGCAAUCCCAUCAAGCUGCGCUGCCGAGCCACGCCCGCCUUACAGAUCUUCUUCAAAUGCAACGGGGAAUGGGUGCACCAGAACGAACACACGUCCCAGGAGUAUAAAGACCUCAACACCGGGCUGAAGGUGCGUGAGGUGAUGAUCAAUGUGUCCCGCCAGCAGGUGGAGGACUUCCACGGCCCCGAGGACUACUGGUGUCUCUGUGUGGCCUGGAGCCACCUGGGCACCUCCAAGAGCCGGAAGGCAACUGUCCGCAUCGCCUAUUUGAGGAAAAACUUUGAGCAGGACCCCCAGGGGAAGGAGGUGCCCAUCAACGGGAUGAUCGUUCUGCACUGUCGCCCUCCAGAGGGAGUUCCAGCAGCGGAGGUGGAAUGGCUGAAAAACGACGACUUGGUGAGUUCACUGACCGACAAGGUGGACACCCGGGCCGACUACAGCCUCAUCAUCAACGAGGCUCGCUUGUCCGACUCGGGCAACUACACGUGUCUGGCCAUGAACGGCGGCUGGUCGCUGUGGACGGAGUGGUCGGCGUGCAACGUGCCGUGUGGGCGGGGCAUCCAGAAACGCUCCAGGACCUGCACCAACCCGGCGCCGCUGAACGGAGGCGCUUUCUGCGAGGGCAUGUCCGUGCAGAAGAUCACCUGCAACGCGCUCUGCCCAAUUGACGGCGGCUGGGACGAGUGGAGCGAAUGGACGGUGUGCAGCAGCCAGUGCGAACGGCAGCGGAGUCGGGAAUGCAACUCCCCGGCGCCCAGACACCGAGGCAAGACGUGCGAAGGGAGCAGCAAGGCCACCGAGAACUGCACAGACGGACUGUGCACCCAGAAUCGAAAGCUGCUACAUGAUGUUAAACCUCAAAACAUGGAGAGCUCCAUCGACGUGGCUCUGUACUCGGGUCUCGGAGCAGGAAUCGUUGCCGUGGUAAUCCUGGUUGUGGCCGUCAUGCUGUAUAGGAAGAGCCACAGCGACUACGGCGUUGAUGUGAUUGACUCUUCGGCUCUCACUGGGGGUUUCCAGUCCUUCAACUUCAAGACGACCAGACAAGGCAACCCGCUGCUCCUCAACUCCUCCAUGGCGCCCGACAUGACGGUAGGACGGACGUACAGCACGCCGCUCUGCUUCCACGACGGCGCCGACAAGGAGCUCUUUGACCCGCUGCCGGACAUCAAAGUCAAAGUCCAGAGCUCCUUCAUGGUGUCUCUGGGCGUGGCCGAGCGCGCCGAGUUCCACGCCAAAGCGCCCGGCGAGUCGUACCCACAGGACCUCGGCUGUGACUUCUGUAGCACUGUGGACAAACGCAAGAAGGGCCCGCUGAUGCUCAACGGGCCCCUGAGCGGCAGCAGAGAGCAGCUGAGGACCAGCGGCGUGUUUGGCCAUGUUGGAGGCCGGCUGGUGGUGCCCAACACAGGGGUCAGCCUUCUUGUUCCUCACGGAGCCGUGGCGGAAAAUAUGUCCUGGGAGAUGUGCCUGGUCAUCAAUCAGGGCGAGGCGAGCGCCCAGACACUGGAAGGCUGUGAAAUCCUCCUGGGCCCAGAGGUGACGUACGGUCCUUCAGGCCUGGAUCUCUUUUGCCCCGUUGCCAUGACUGUCGCCCACUGUGCAGAGGUGGAGGCUGAGAACUGGAACAUUCAGCUCAAGAGAAAAACCCAGGACGGCAAAUGGGAGGAAGUGAUGUCAGUGGAAGAGGAGUCCACUUCCUGUUACUGCCUGAUGGAUUCGAGCAGCUGCCACCUGCUGCUGGACCAGCCGGGCUCGUACGCGCUGGUGGGCGAGCCGCUGACGCAGGCGGCCGUGAAGAGGCUGAAGCUGGCCGUGUUUGGGAGCGUGGAGGCUGGCGCCCUGAACUACAGCCUGCGGGUGUACUGUGUGGACGACACGCCGCACGCCUUUCAGGGAGUGGUGGCCGCCGAGACGUCCAGAGGGGGUCAGCUCCUCGAGGAGCCAAAGACGUUGCCUUUCAGAGCGAACACCUUCAGCCUCCAGGUGUCGAUCCAGGACGUCCCCCAGUUCCUGUGGAGCAUCAAACCCUUUACCACAUGUCAGGAAUUCUCCUUCCCUCAAGUGUGGUGCAGCAACCAGCAGCCCCUGCACUGUGCCUUCCAGCUGGAGAGAUACAGCCCCGCCGCCGCCCAGCUCUCCUGCAAAAUCAGCGUGCGACAGGUCAAAGGUCACGAGCAGAUCCUGCAGGUCUACACGGCCGUGGCCGAGGGUGAGAAAGAGCCAGUUCCAUUUUUUAUGCAGACAGACUGCACCGUCACGUCCCAAACGGGGCCCAAGGCCUUCAAAAUCCCACUGUCCAUCCGCCAGAGGAUCUGUGCCACCUUUGACACUGCCAACGCCAAGGGCAAGGACUGGCAGCUCUUAGCCCAGAAACUCCACCUGGACCGUAACCUGAGCUACUUCGCCAAGCAGCGGAGUCCCUCCGCUGUCAUCCUGAGCCUGUGGGAAGCUCGUCACCAGGACUCUGCCGACCUUGACUCUUUGGCCAGCGCCUUGGAGGAAAUUGGCAAAAUCCACUCCAAAAGCUCCCCAAAGGACCCGGACGAAGCAGAGCCUGACCUCAAUCACAUAGAAGCGGGCAUCCUUUACGGCACGGCCAAUCCUGCGGCGGUUCCGGAGGGCGAGGACUGCGCUCCUGAAUACACGGGCUGAGAGGAAAGGUCGGCCGGCUCUAACUGGCAGAGCAGCGCGCGUGUGCAUGCGCGCUCGACCGCUGACGGACAUGGCGCUACCCCUGCAGCGCGUCGGGAGGUUGUCUGUGAGCGGACAGUGGCAGCGGUCAGCACGGCGAGCGAUCACAGCGGGCCGAGGUGAACCAGCUCCUGCUGUGGAUCUGCCCUUGUGUUUUAACGGAUCUGUGGACUGACUGUAAAUCUUUGUCGGCAUUUCCUCAGUUGUUUUUUUUGUUUUGUUUGUUUUGUUUUGUUUUGAUUUUUUUUCCCAGCUCUUUGUUUUAAGUUUAUGUCUUUUGAGCAUUCAUUAGUUUUGACUUUUGCUCAAAAUAUAAAGGAUUUUUUAUUUCGUUUAGUUUUUAUUUUCAAACACACCCUCUCCUUUUUAUCUCAACAACGAGGAAUGGCGUUUUGUAUGUCCAUCCUUUUAUCUUUUUUUUUUAAGCUGGAUAUUACUAACAUCGUUGUGAAAGUGAACUUUAAAAGCCAGAUAUUCAAAAGUCAUUCAUUUUCAUACCCUUAAAAAAACUCUAAAACGUCAGAAAACCCUUCGUUUGCAUUAUCAUUUCCACCAAAACAGAAUUAUCAGCAUUAAGCAACAUCAGAAUUUAAACUGGAGAUGGAUGAAAACAAUGUGGAUGAAGAGGUUUGAUCACUGUGCUGUUAGUUUGUUACAGUUUGGGAGGAAGCUGUAGAGCAUCAUUUCCUGUCUGGGGCAUCUUAUCACCUAAUUACCACCAUGAGCUCCCACAGUGGACCUCAUAUCAGGCUCUGACACAUUUCGACUAAACCACCCAGCAAACACACACACACAAUGUAGACACUUUGUGAAAUGUGUGAACACUAUCUGACAGUGGAAUGCAUUAAAGUCACAACAGCUUUGAGGUUGCAGAAACUAAAGAUGUUUUUAGUUUCUCAUUUAAAAAUGGCUCUAAAGUAUAAAACACCAAAUCCAGAUGACAGAAAGAAGGAUGUAUUUGACUGAUUCCUGGUAUACUACUAAAGUUAUUGUUAUUACGCUUUAAUCCAGAUGACACCCAAAAGCAUUUCUGUUGUUUGGUAAAGGGCUAAAACAGAAAACUAGUAGUUCAAGAAAGCAUCAAAAGCACUCCACACCACAGCAGUGCGAGGAUGACUGGUAGUUAGCAAGAGCAGGAGCUUGAAGACAAACCCUAACCAGACAAACUAAACACCGCCAAGCCCUGAACGUGUACUAAUAUAUUCAAACAGUGGAACUCCUGGGGAUUUGUAAUGUGUGCCGUCAAAUUGGCAACCGGCCCAUCUACACAGUUCUGCUCAAUUCUCAUCACCCUUAACUGCUCCAUCUGGGCUUUCUCCCAUUCAAUUUGAUUUCUCUGGCAGAAAUUUUUCUUCGACGAGAUUCGAAAACAAUCGGUAAACAACAUCAUCGUUCACAACUUCUCCUUCUGUUUGCCAAUUGUCUCUAUAGUUUUAACAAUGGCAGUUGAGGAAGUCAACGAAACCAUUCAGUCCGUGUUGGCCACGCCUCCAAAUGUUUCUUAUCUUAUUAUAAUUAGUAUUCACAGCCAUCUGGUUCUUCUCAUCUCUACUCUCAUCACAAUGGUGGAUGGUUGUUUAUGGCGCAGGUCAUUUCUGGUGCAAACGUUAGCAACCGGCUAAAAUUUACAACUUCAACAGAACUUCACGCCUCCAGCAAGCAAUUGUUUCUCAAUAGCUGAGGUUCCACACACUCCAUACGAAGUAAAUUGUAGGGGCUGGUUCUUAUUAGAAGUUAUUUAGUUCCUCACUUCCUGUUAUUUUGCAUAAGGUUGAAGGUCCAAUGGCUAGUGCAACUUAUUGUCUUGUUUUCUUUAAAAGAGAAACUUUUCUCUCUGUUUAUGUUCAGUUUAAAGUGGAUGAAGAUUUUAAAGUAAUCCACAUUUUUUUUGUGAAUCCACCAUGAAAUGAGCCAUGUUUUGUUUCACAGUUUUCCUCAGCACCGCAGCACUCGUAGUUUUCCUUUCUGUACCUGCAGUUAUGAGGUUUUGUCUAAGAACGUUAAAAGAAACCUAACUUUUGAAGUUUCUUUAUGUUGUUGUACCAAACAUUAUGCUUAACGGACUCCCCGAAACUCAGCAGUUUCCCAGUGUCAGCCGUGCUCAUGUAGAUCUAGUCUUGUUUUGAUACUUUUUAUGCUACCAUUGUAUUCUCCUGCUGACCAGCAGAAUCAUUUCACUACUUGUUUUUUUAUUUUUGUUCAAAUGAAGGCAAGCUUUGUUCUAAUGUCAGUAGUGUUUUUAUCCAACCUGACUCCACAUUGUGGCAGUAAACUACUUUGAUGUUGUGAAGCUACUACCCAAAACUUCACUUUUCCUACUGAUGGACUAGUCAUGGCUAUAAUUUCCAUUCUGAGGGUAUUUUAAAUCUUGUUUUUUAUAUAUAUAUAUAUAACAAUUACAUCAACAUGCCAAGAAGCAUGUUCAUGUAAUGGACGAUAGUUUGAAGCCGAUAGGAACAUUUGGGUUUGUCCAACAAUCCGCAGCCAGAUUAAACGUGAGCUGAGCUAGCAGUUUCUCCAGAACCUCCACUCACACCUGGACAGCCUCCUGUGUGACACCAGCAGGCUUAUGCUGAACCUUUUAUAGUUCAACUAAAAUGAUACUUCGGUGGUUUCGCCUUUUCACAGAAAAAAACCUGUGGUAGGGCCAUCAAUUUUUUCAGCUAACAUCAAUGUUGUGACGCUAAGCUCAAGCUAGCUAGAGACUACCAACAAGAUCUUGAGUCCGCCAGGAAACCUGGGAAAGUGCAGCCACAGCCCGUCUUCAAAGGCAUUCCAUAAUCAACAGUCUGCUGAAAACCACUUAAAACACUUUUGGCGUACUUGCAGUAUAUCAAAACACCCAGCAGCAUUAACCAACACAGCUUUAGCGUAGCAUAGUGACAACUUAUCAUCAUCCACCAGUGAGGAAUUGAGUAGUUUGUAUCCACAUUAUUCCGAGGACAUCGUCCUCUUCGGUUGUAUUUGUUUGAAAUAGCUAAAAAAGCAAAUAAAAGUGGUCAGUCAAGCUAGCAUUUUGUUUUUGUGUUUUUACUGCAUUUAAAUUAUACAAGUCAUGACAAAAAAAAUAAACUGAAUGAAAGAGCAAGAUUUAUUUUUGGCUAACUACAAAUUUCAAUAAAAAGUCAGAUAACAAGCCACAAUAAAAAUCAAAGACGAAAGAAACAACAUUUUUUUGCACCUUCAUUUACAUGUCAAUGAAUGAGGUGUCUGCUUUUUUCCCUCAGAUAAGACCAGUUAUUGAUAACGAACGUGUAACCGAUUAUCUCGCAAUUUGAAAAUAUAAAAUCUUUGCUGCCUAUCUUUUUUCACCCACAUCAACAUGUCCUGUGGCUAUUGCUGUUGUUUUAUUGCUCAUUUUUCCAGUGAAAACGGCUCAUCUGUAUUAGGGAAACGCACCUCAGCUUUUCAUCGGGUGUUGCUUUGAACACAUCAAAUUAUUUCUGACCUGCUACUGUACAUUUGAGUGGUUGUUGUUGUCCCGCUAUGCUGGUGAAAUCUCUUUAAUUUCCCGAAUCAUCUCUAUGCAUUUCAAACAGAUUAUAGAACUCCUUUUGUAUACUUUAAGUGAAAAGUGUUCGUGUUUUCUUUCCUUCCUUUCAAUCAACUGUGACUGAUUUUUGUUAUUCCUGCGGGAUAAAAAGAGAGUUUCUGUAGGAGCUAAGCUGCUGUUGCAUCAAGUGUCCAUGCCCCUUGUCUCCUGUCACACUUUGCGUCCCCCCCCCAGCAGCCUGGACGUGUCCCAGUGACAUCUGCUGUGUCUCAUUAUAACCUGAAAGUAAUGCUCACAUCCUCACUGUGUAUAACCCUGUGGUGUCAGAUAUAAUCCUGUUUCAUGGGAGGAAACGUUCACUGUCGUGUCAACGGAGUUGGUUGGCCCCAUGCUCUCUGUUGCUACACGCAUGGCCUUCGGCUUCAGAUCACUAUUCUUGUGCCUUGUUUACCUACUGUAAAUGGUGAAUGUUGUAAAGUACAGGUGAUGGGAAGAACAACAACAACAACGA